UGAUCACAGCCCAAUCAGCCAAAACUGAAAACGCCUGGGACAGUUUGCAAGUGUCCAGAUAAACAACUACACUCUAAACUAAACUGAACUGAGGUUUUUUUUUGCUGAUAUAAUGGCCAGCAUAGAUAUAUUGACGAACAGGUUUUACUCAUACGACAAAAUGUACAGCCAGGAGUUAAGAGAACAGACUUUUGCAGACUGGCCAUUCAGAGAGGAGUGUAACUGCACACCUGAAAAGAUGGCCAGGGCUGGGUUUGUCCACUGCCCCAGUGAGAACGAGCCUGAUGUCGCCUGCUGUUUCUUCUGUUUGAUUGAGCUGGAGGGCUGGGAGCCAGACGACGACCCCUGGUCUGAACAUGUAAAGCGUUCCCCUAACUGUGGAUUCUUGACUUUGAGGAAGGACUUCACAGAGCUGAGUGUGGCUGAUUUCUACCACGUGGAAAAGGAGAGGCUUAAAGUCUACCUUAGAAAAGUUUGUCAUAAGGAGAUGGCAUGUUUGCGGGAAAACAUAGACCACACACUUGAGAGCCUCCAAUCUCAAUUGGACUCCAUAUGAGUAGAUUCAGCUUCCUGUCUGUAAAUUGUCAUUUUGUAUUCUAACUCUUCUUAAAUGUGUAAACUUGAAACAUUAAUAAAGUUGUGUUUUUUGUUA